AUGGCCAGCAGUAGAAGUCAUGGUAUUUACAUAUUGACUGUUCUGCUAGAGUCGACUGCAGAUAAGAGGGUGAAAACUGGGAAAGUAAUUCUCGUGGACUUGGCGGGGUCUGAAAAGGUAGAGAAAACUGGAGCCGAAGGAAAAGUUUUUGAAGAAGCUAAGACUAUCAACAAAUCCCUAUCAGCUCUAGGAAAUGUAAUAAGUGCUCUGACAUGUAGUCCAUCAGCCAAACCAAGCCAUGUUCCUUUUCGUGAUUCAAAACUUACCCGGAUUCUACAAGAUGCUCUUGGAGGGAGCUCAAGGACAGCAUUGCUGUGUUGUUGCUCCCCAAGCCCUUCAAAUGCAUCAGAAACUCUCUCUACCCUUCGCUUUGGUACAAGGGCAAAGCAUAUAAGGGCAUCACCUUUAGUCAGCCGCAGAGAAGAUAAACAUGCCAAAAAGCAUGGAGAAAUCACCCCAACUAAAGAUGAGUCAUGUGACCGAAUUCUAAACAAGUUGAGGGAGAGACUGGAUGAUGAAGAUGUGAAUUUACUUGAGGAGUUAUUCAUACUGGAGGGAUUAUUCGUUGACCUUACUUCAGUAGAAGAUCUGGAAACAGCCUAUCAAGAUGUCACUUCGCAAACAAUUUCCUCAUUACAACAAGCAGUAGAAGAGCUCAUAUUCACUGUCGAGGAGCUUAAGAGCGAGAAUAAGGCUCUUAAGACCAGACUGGCAGCUGCUGAAAGGUUCGAUGCAAUGAGCAAGGAGACGGAAGAUAAUGCUGGUGUUCUGUUAAAGAUUUCAGGAUUUAUCAGCUUCUUAUUUUCAUGGGCUGGGUCGUUUUACCCUCUCAAGAGGCUGAGAUUGGAAGUUACCAACUUGAUCAUGGCUAGCAGAAAACUUACUCUUCGAAUUCUCACCCUAUUAUUCAUCCUAUCAUCUGUUGCAAAUUCAAUUGAUUUCAAUUACCCGUCAGUGUUCAAUUUUGGUGAUUCAAACUCUGACACAGGUGACCUUGCUGCUGGCCUAGGCUUCCUCCUUGCUCCUCCUAAUGGACAAAUUUACUUCAAGACUCCCACAGGAAGGUUCUGUGAUGGCCGUCUCGUCGUUGAUUUUCUAAGUAAACUUCCUAUUCUCUAA